CAGCACAGGAAUAUCUCUUCAGUGAACAAGUGUGAGUCAAAGCAGGUCUGUAAACAUGAUGGGUGUGAAACACCCAUAACUGUCUAAACGCCAUCUUGUCUACUAGUUACAGUGUUUCCCCAACCCUGCUCCUCAAGGUCCACUGCUCUGCAUGUUUCAGGUGUUUUUCGCCUGAAACAUGCAUCUGAUUCCACUUGAUGGCUGAUUAACAGGCCUUUCCUGUACUGCAAUCAUGUACAUCAGUAGCUUUUAAUGGAGGUGGAACAGAAUCUAAGCACUGGAGGUGAGAGGGGGAUUGUUCUUCAGGAUGAGGAGGUGAAAAAGGAGGAAGACGAGGAACCAGCUGCUGAUACAGAGGAGGAAGAUGAAGAUGCUCUCCCGCAUUCAGAGAUCCUGGAUAUCUUCGAGGAGGGACUGGCUCGACUUGUGCAGGACCCUUUACUCUGUGAUUUGCCGAUACAGGUGACCCUGGAAGAGGUGAAUUCCCAGAUUGCCUUGGAAUAUGGCCAGGCGAUGACUGUGAAGGUUUUAAAAGCAGAUGGUGAAAUAAUGCCCAUUGUGGUUGUCCAGAAUGCUACAGUCCUCGAUCUUAAGAAGGCCAUUUGCAGAUUUAUGGAGUUGAAACAGCAGCGAGAAGGCGGCGUGAAACAUGUUAGCUGGAGAUAUGUUUGGAGAACCUACCAUCUUGUAUUUCAAGGCGAGAAACUUGAAGAUGACACAAUGAGGCUCAAAGAUUAUGGGAUCAGGAACAGAGAUGAAGUGACAUUUAUGAAGAGACUCAGGAAGAAGUGAUUCAGCAUGCUUGGAGAAUAAACACAAUUUCCUGCAGUGUCCCAGUUUCUUCUUUAAAAUAAUUAAAAUCUUGUUUUAAUCUUUUUUUUGUAUAAAUGUUUCUUUGUCUUGUAUCUAUUAGCUUUAAAAUGUGCCUCUGUUGUAACGUACAUGUAAUUACAAUGAAUAAGAUUUUUGUAGAAGUGCUUUGUGAAAAUGAAAAUGUUUCAGUAUUUUUACUUUGUCUGUGCCUACAUAAAUGCUUCCAUCUGAGCCAGACUGCAGCAGUUUGCAAAAAUGGGAGUAAUAAACACCGCCCAAAUGAUUUGAAUAUUUCCUGACAGAUGGGAACAAUAUCCUCUUGUUCAGCUUAUAUGGAUUUUACCUGUGAAUGACAUAGCAGAGGCAGCAAAAGCAAGGUAAUAUCAGAGUUUUUCACAGUUGUAUUUAUUAAUUUGUAAUAAUAUGUGACAUUUAAAGUGGUGGAAUGGGUUUAAAGUGGUGGAAUGGGUUUUGUCACGAUUUGCUUUUUAUGUACUGUGACAAAACUAAACAGAUAUCUUUAAUAGACGUUUUCAGUUUUGAGGAUACUGUUUAUUUUUAUGUAGCCACUCAGCUAAUUUAAGUAUAAUCUUUUUGAUAUAAUUUUACUGUUGGUGUAUUUUGCUGAUUUGGUGAAAAACUUUGUUGAUCAUUGUCAGAGACAACAUAACAGACUUUGGGCAGCUGUAGGUUUUUCAUGUGAAAACUUGUUCUAGCAUAAUUCAGAUGGAAUAAAAGUGAAACAAUUUAUUCUCUGCAUUACGUUACAGCAAGUCUGUCUAAACUUUGAGGGAUGAAAAAAGAAACCAUAACAGAGUUAUCUAUUCAGUAUACACAUUUUAUGACAUCAGUUGUAUUUUUGGAAAAUUGAGACCUAAUGAUAAAGCUAAAGUGCUUUAAAAUGGUUUUGCGCCUUUACAGAUUUCUUGUUGUUGGUCUUCUGUCACAAUUGACUGUUUAUGACAAUUAAAUUUUACUAUCAUGCUAACUUGGAUAAGUACAAAAAAGUUUAAAAUGGUGGUUGCACUAAUUAAGGGGAACAAAGCUAUCUGAAUCAACCAGGACCUAUGUGGAAAAUGUAACCAUCCACCUUUAGACUGUGACUCAACUGUGAGUAAUCACAAUUAAUUUAAAAGCUGAGUUUCAUAAUGAGCCUCUUCCAGUCCUGAUUACUACCAAGCUUGUAAAUGAAGUAGGAUAAAAGAUCUCAAAGUCAACACAUCCCAUCCCAAGCUAGUCUAUCAACUAGUAAAUGUUACAAAGCUAUUUCUACGAAUAGAAAAAAACAUGCAGCUCUGAUGAAUCUUCCCAGGAGUGGCUUGACUAUUAAUAUUACUCCAAAACCACCCCACCCUUGAAUUUGAAUGAUAUGCAAUAACCAAAUAAGUCAGGAAGUCUACAUCUAAAUGGCAGAAUGCAAGAAACAUUUUUAAGUGGCCCAAUGUAAGCCUACAACCACAUCUGAUUAAGGUCCUGUGGCCUAUUUCACCUGAAGACCUUCCAGCUUGGCUCAAUUAAAACAAAUCUACAAAUAAGGGUGGGACAAAAGUCCUCCACAGUGUUGCAAAACAGUCUUAUUGCAAAUGUUUGAUAGCAGUUGUUGCUGCCAAAAGUGGCACUAUCAGAUACGGCUGAGGGAUAAUACUGAUUUUAUUGAUAAAUCAAAUUUUAAGAUUUUUUUUUUUUUUUUUUGAAAAAGUUGGAUUUUUUUUUUUUCACCUAUGUGCACUCUUUGGAUUUCUGUAGUUCAGAAUGGUGUCCGACUUCCCACAGCCUACUAUAUUGUUUCACAGCUCAUGUUUAGUUGAAUUCAGAUAAACUCCCAGAAGGGAUGAUCGAAAUUAAGUUUUUGGAAUUUUAAUUAAUUAUUAUGAUUUCUUUUUGAGACAAUAAAGUGAGAAAAAAAAUCAACUAAAAUUGAAAAUUAGAUUGCUUCGAAAUAAAACAAAGUAAGAUUCUAUUGUAAUCCAUAUUAUCCAGCCCUACCAGUUAUUGGUGUUAGGAAGCUAUUAUUUAUUUAUGUAGGGACAGGUUGGUUUGGACAGCUUUAUUUCAUUUGGAUAGAUUUACUCAUAUUUUACAUGCAAAACAAAGAAAGCCAAAAUGAUAGCAAAAUCAUUGUGUAAACGUUUGGCAUUGCUCAGCUUGUCUGCAAACUUUUCAGCUGCUGCCAUGACCUCUUCACAAAAUGAGGUGGAGACAAUAUCAGAAAAACUGAAAGACAUUUCACUGAAAGAGGGACAGCUUGAAGACAGAAAGAAAAUCUUGAUGGUAUUCCAGGAGCUAAGGAAUCGGGCUGAAUUUGGAGAAACAG